AUGACAUUUCCAAGUGAAUCCCAUUAUCUUAGUGAUUGGAUAUUUGAAUCUGAAUUAGAUAUAAAAAAAAUAAGGUUACAGAUAAAUAAUCGUGUAAAAAAUGAAUGGAUAGAAUAUUUAAAAAUAUCAAAUAGUACAAAAGAUCCACAGAAUUUAAUGUUAUCUUUAGAAGAUGAAGAAUUAUUGGUAUUAUAUUAUGGAAGACAACUUAUGGAAUUUACUAAUCAUAAGAAAUUACCAUUCGUAGUAAAGUAUAGUGCUGCAUUAUUAUAUCAAAGAUUUUAUAUUUACCAAAGUGUAAUGAGUUAUGAUCCUAGAAUUAUAAUAUUUACUUGUAUAUCAUUAGCAAUAAAAUUAGAAGAAUUUGGACUUCAUUUUACUUUAGAACAAUUAUUUGGAGAUGUACCUGGUUUAAAUAUAUUACAAAUAUUUCAACACGAAUUAAUAGUAUGUAAUACAUUAAAAUUUCAUUUAUAUUUAAUAAAUCCAAGAAAUCCUUUGGAAGCUUUAAAAAUUUUAUAUAAAAGGUAUUACAUUGAAACUAUAAUAGAUAAUGAAAAACAAAAAGAAUUAAGUAUAAUAUUAAAUAAAGUUAUAGCAAAAGUUGAAUUAUAUGUUUUAACUGCAUCUCAAACUUUAUGUUUCCUUAUAUAUUCACCUUCUCAAGUAGCAUUAGCAUUAUUUGAUAUUUGUGGACGUGAAUUAAAUCUUCCAAAUGUUAAAGAUUUUAUUAAUAAUACAAUUCGUGAAAUCCACCAAUCUAUCAUAAUAUCUAAAUAUUCUGAAAGUGUUGUUUCAAUUAAUAAAAAUUUAGAGGCUAUACAUCGUAUUAAAGAAAUCAUUUAUAAAGAAUUACAAAAUGAAAAAAAAAGGCAACAAAGUGAACAAGAUACAGAUGAAAUUAUAGCUGCAAAUAUACUUGAUAAACUUGUAAAAUUACAAAAAAAAAAAAAUAAAGAACAAAAAAAAAGAAAAAGAGAAAUAAAUACUUAA